UAUGGGCUGAGAGGGUGGAGAGCAUCCUUCCCCGUUGUUCGUUCUGCUGGUGUAACGCGUGCGUAAAUGCGCUUGGUUAGGCGGUUUCUUUGGACCGGACCACUGCUUCAUUGGACCCUGGAUCGGUGCGACACUCCAGUGGAAGGUAGCCGAGUCUGUCGGUGGUACAGCCGACACCCGUCCAAGUAAGGCGGGGGUGGGAAAGGGAGAAAAGGGAGGGGGAGUUCCACUCGAAAGGCAGACAAUGCGGUUUCACGAUGCGUUUAUUCCUCUCCACUAUCCAAAGCUGCUGCCGCGCAAAAACAUGAAGCACCGAAGAUGCAGGAAAGGGAAUGCGUCGUAAAUAUUUUCUCUAUUGUUUAAUUUUAGGUUCGCGUUUAAUUAAUUUCUUUUCUGCCGUUAUUGUGACUGAGAACAAAACCAGAGAUGAAAUUCCCAAUAGAACACCCGACUAAACAAGUCAACUGGGACCCAGAACAAGUGGCGGUCCAGACACACUUGGUCACACCCAAAAAGAUGAAGCCUGGCAUGGUGAAGUCGAGCCUUGUCCAAGCGAGCGUGACUACCAUGCAAAACCCCAUGGGCUACGACCCGAGGACCAACGGCCACUGUGCACUUCCACGCCUCUCCAUCUCCUCCCGCUCCGCCAGCAUGGUGGCCAGCUUGGAUGCCAGCAAUGACGGCUCAAUUGCAGCGCUCCAGUCAGUGAUGAAAUGGAAGACGGUGGUGGCGGUGUUCAUUGUGGUUGUUUUAUAUCUCGUCGGUGGAGCACUGGUUUUCAAGGCUCUAGAGCAGCCGUUUGAAAGUGAACAGAAGACCAUCAUCAGCCAAGAUAAGGCUUCCUUCCUGCAGAAACACCCGUGUGUCACGCCUGCUGACCUGGAUGAAAUCAUCCAGCGUGCCAUAGAGUCCCUGAAUCGAGGAGUGAGGCCUGUUGGAGACACAAACUCCAGUUACUGGGACAUGAGCAGUUCCUUCUUCUUCGCUGGAACUGUCAUCACAACCAUCGGUUAUGGAAACAUAGCUCCAAGCACAGAAGGCGGGAAAAUCUUUUGCAUUCUUUAUGCCAUAUUUGGCAUCCCUCUCUUUGGCUUCCUGUUGGCGGGCGUUGGAGACCAGCUGGGGACCAUCUUUGUGAAAAGCAUUUUGCGAGUUGAGAAGAUAUUCAGGCAAAAACACAAACAGAUCAGCCAAACGAAGAUAAGAGUGACAUCCAUCAUCCUGUUCAUCCUGGCUGGCUGCAUCGUCUUCGUCACCAUCCCUGCUGUCAUCUUCAAAUACAUCGAGAGCUGGACCACACUGGAUGCCAUUUACUUUGUUGUGAUCACCCUCACCACUGUGGGAAUAGGAGAUUAUGUGGCAGGUGACAGUCGGAGUAUCGAGUAUAUGAGCUGGUACAAGCCAAUGGUUUGGUUCUGGAUCCUAGUCGGUUUGGCAUACUUUGCUGCUGUCCUCAGCAUGAUUGGAGACUGGUUUCGAGUGCUAUCAAAAAAGACCAAAGAAGAGGUUGGGGAGAUUAAAGCUCAUGCAGCUGAGUGGAAAGCCAAUGUUCGAGCGGAGUUCCGUGAAACACGGAGACGUCUAAGUGUCGAGAUCCACGACAAACUCCAGCGAGCCGCCACCAUCCGCAGCAUGGAACGCCGUCAGCUGGGCCUCGAGCAGAGAGCUCAUUCUCUUGACAUACUAUCACCAGAGAAACGGGCCAUGUUUGCUAGUCUGGAUGCUGGCCGUUUCAAGACUUCGUCUCAGGAGAGCAUCGACACGAAACUAAACAACCUAAGGCUGAAGGGUGCUUGUGAGCCUUACGACCAACAAAGCAGUGAACAGCAACCACAGACAGCGUCUUCUUCGGAGGAGAAUCUCUUCAACCUACGCUUCGGAUCUCUCACCAAGCUGGCCAGGCGCAACAAGAACCGUGAGCUGCGCAGGAACAUUCCCGAAGACGCCCGGCUGUCAAUUGCGGGCAUCAGCAAUGGCGGGGCUAUUCUAGGUGUGGAGAGGACGGAGGAAGAGGAUGGGGAACCCGUUGAAGACAACAAAGAACAGAAAGAAGAAAACAUCAGUCUGACAAACCUGUCACAGUAUGCAAUGGAGCGCACCAAGCUGAACGGGUUAACACCAACACAAGCCAAGGACAAAGAGAACGAUCCGGCAUCAAAUGCAUGAACAUUUCAGCUGCUGACUGUAGAGACAGACUGAAUGAUUCUCAGACUGAGUCAUUGGAGUGCACAGUCCUUUUGAGAUGUCAAGAAAUGUGCCUUUUUCUGCUUCCUGUGCUUAGGCUGGAACCACUCCCAGGACAUUCAGUCAUCGUGCCAUAGCAAUGGAAAGAAAAAAUCAUGUUGCCAAAAAAUGAAUAAAAUUAAACAUACAGAAGAGCCUGUUGUUUGAUUACCUCAUUGCAUAAUGUUGCUGUAAACUGGGCUACCUGUGCUGUACAUCGAAGCUGUCACUCUCAGCUCUGUUGUCUUUCAGCCCUCGAGGUUCUUUUGAGACUUGGGCAAUGGCCAUCUGUUCACGCUGAACCUUUUUUAUUUUUCCUCACAAUGUCGGCACAACAGCCCGAGAGCUGGACUCAUGUCGUUCAUCUUCAGAGACAUUAUAGAUCAUUUUGUCAUCUCAUCCUGUGGUGGCUGUUUGCAGCCCAUCGUCAUCUGGUACUAAGGGACUUUAAUGACUGCAGGGUGGAAGGUUUUGUUUUUGCUGGAUCAAUAAACAAUGCUAGUAGUUACCUAGAAGACAUGUACAAGUAUUCUUACAUUGUAUGUGGCUUUGCAUAUGUAGCCUGACAGAAAGAAAACUACUGCAUAUUAAGAUCUUAUGAGAAAACAAGCUAUACACAUUGCAUGGUUAUUAAAACAAUACAACCAUAGCAGCAAACAAACGUAAAUUAACUUUAAAAAGUCACUGCUUCAACAAUGACUCCUUUUUAUAUAUAUAUAUAUA